AUGGAUCGCCUACCGCUCGAGGUGAAGCAUAUGCUCACCCAAGAGCUUUGCCAAGUGUCGCCAAAUACCCUGCGGGCCUUAUGGCAGGUGAACCGCCACUGGAACCAGAUUCGAGUGUUUCAGCUCCUGAAUGCCGACCUUAUUCUACCGCAUGUCCGACGUCUGACCCUUGUUGCUCGACACCCGCGGCUGGGCCGGAUGGGCACUGACCGGAAACUGGUAGAAUACCUUGCGGGGACUCCCGCGGACGAGUUCAACCUCCCGCCACUUGGGUUCUACCAGGGGGAUUGGACCCCGAUUAUCCAACUCGUCCAGCAAUUGGACUGUUUGCAGCAAUGCAAUCUCAUGUUCCAUGCCGAUGACCUAUCGGGGCUGCUGGAUGCCCUGGCGGCGAAGCAUCCCCUCUGCCGGGUAUCAGUAACCCCUCUCUGUAAUUAUGCGCCGCCCACGGGCCUCGCGCGGGGGAAAUGGAUCCAUUCUCCCAUGCUGGAUACCGUCCGGGUUCUCACGCAUGAAAACCAUAACGCGGGGCCUUAUAUCGAGCACCCGGACCGUGUUCUACGGGAUCUUCUUCGACAAGCGACCCAUAUCAGGCGACUCGCAUUGCAGAUCAUUGCUACCAGCAAUUCGGAGUCGUGGGGUUGGUAUCAACGCUGGCUGCACUCACAGCCGUCCGAGGGUGACGAGGCCAUCGAUGGCUCUGGGCGGCGGGCGCAACUCCAAAGUCUCUCGCUGCCGUUGACCAGCAAGCUGACUACGGAGCAAUUUCGGGCCUGGUCGCGGGUGACUGAUCUGAACCAUCUCACCGCGUGGACUGCGGGCGGGAUUGAGGAUGUAUCCCUGCUGGCGAGCAUCGCGGAAGAGAAGCCCUUUCAACGGCUGCAGCGGCUGACCCUCUCCCUCCGUCCGCCCGAGAGCAACACAGCCUCCUGGUCAUCGGGAGCGGUGCGGGCAAUGUUUGACACGCUUCCGCCACUGGCCUAUCUUUGUCUGCUGGGGACCUAUGACCCGGGCUGGGUGCCGUCCGCCGUGCUGGACCGGCACGGCCCGACACUGGCGGAGCUGCAGCUGCACCUGCGGCCGCCCCCCUACCAGCAGUAUGAGCUUUUUCGACUCACGCGGAACAAAGGCGGGCAGAUCGCCCCAGUCUUUUCCGCCGAGGUCAUCGCCCAGAUGGCGACCCUCUGUCCCGUUUUACGGACGCUGCGGAUCUGCGUGCAGCGUCACCGCGGUCACCCGCGGGAGACGGCCGCCUACGAGGCUCUGGGCCGGUUUCCUGCGCUUGAAACCCUGUAUCUCCACCUGAACUGCUUACCCAUCAUGGUACCAGGUCAUGGAACUCCCUUUCCGCCGCGGGAGCUGAGCGCCUACGAGCGCGAGCCCCUCCGGACCGCAUCCCCCUGGAAUGACGACGACGUUCCCAAGUGGACCGUCCGUGACGCUGUGAUCAAUUCCGCUUUUGACGAAGCGCUAGCCACGGCGAUCUUCCGCCGGAUACGCGGGGACGGGUCGCGAGGGCCCUUACGCCUGCUUCGCCUGCUCCCCGUCGCAGGCUGGUUCGAGCAAUACCAAAGGCCCACAGGCAUCACCGCUCGGGCACUGCUCGGGGGCGGGAAGUACCACGUGGAGAUGGGUGGCGCCUGGUUGGUCAAGUGCGACGAAGCGCGCGAUAUCCAAGCAAAAAACCUCAAGAAGACCUCCCGCCGCGGCAAACAGAGCAAGCGGGAAAUGCGGGCGGCGGAUGUGGGGAUAUUCGAGUCGAUCUGGCCCUCGCAGGAGGAGGAGGAUCCAUCGCAACCCAGGUUUUGGCCCCUGAAGUGGCAAAGCUGGCCUCUGCAGUAAGAGCGUCUCUUUGGGAGCGUUGCACGGAGGGGUUGAUGAGACCGAUUUACA